AGACUGCGGCCAAAUCUCGGAGACAGCAGUGUUUCCCCCGUCUCCUGCAGUGGGCCCAGCAGAGUCAGCCUCUCAACUCCCCCCGCCCCCCGCAGGCAUCUAGUCGCGCCUCGCCACCGCCCUCCUAGGCUGAGCUAGUAGUGCCAGCUCUGGGCGGGGUCCUGCGGUUGUGCUAGGCUCCUCCUCCCCGGCUCUUCCCCUCCCCCAGGGCCCUCCUGCGCUAACUGUGCUCCUCCAGGCCCCUGCGCCUGCUCCCAGCCAUGGUAGCCAGGCUCACCGCUUUCCUCGUUUGCCUCGUUUUCUCCUUGGCCACCCUGGUCCAGAGAGGAUAUGGAGACACAGAUGGUUUUAAUCUGGAGGAUGCACUGAAAGAAACUUCCUCAGUAAAGCAGAGAUGGGACCACUUCAGCACCACGACUAGGAGGCCAGUAACAACCAGAGCCCCAGCAAAUCCAGCAGAGAGAUGGGACCAUGUUGCCACUACUACAACUAGAAGGCCAGGAACAACUAGAGCACCAUCAAAUCCUAUGGAACUAGAUGGGUUUGACUUGGAAGAUGCCUUGGAUGAUCGAAAUGAUCUAGAUGGCCCCAAAAAGCCAAGUGCAGGAGAAGCAGGAGGUUGGUCAGACAAGGAUCUUGAAGACAUCGUGGAAGGUGGGGGAUACAAACCUGACAAGAAUAAAGGCGGUGGUGGUUAUGGCAGCAACGAUGACCCUGGAUCUGGCAUAUCGACAGAAACUGGCACCAUUGCAGGUGUGGCCAGUGCCCUUGCUAUGGCCCUGAUUGGAGCUGUAUCCAGCUAUAUCUCCUACCAGCAGAAGAAGUUUUGCUUCAGCAUUCAGCAGGGCCUCAAUGCAGACUAUGUGAAGGGGGAGAACCUGGAAGCUGUUGUGUGUGAGGAACCCCAAGUGACAUACUCAAAACAAGAAACGCAGUCUGCAGAACCCCCACCACCUGAGCCACCCCGGAUUUGAGGCAGGUGCAUCUGAAGGAAGCCACCGCUUGUGACCCAGCUCCAGAUUUCAUUUGCCAAUCCUUUCCCCAAGUUUCUUCCCAUGCCACUGGCUGCUUAUUGUAUUGAGUUUUCUGGACAAGCCUUAGGUGUUCAUGAGUGUGGUUUCUGUGCCCUGUCCUGCAGACUACGGUGACUGCUCUGCCAUGGGUCCUCUAAAGAGACUUGGUGCUGAGACUUGAGACCCAGAUUCAGCAGAUUACUAGCACCAGCAUUGAAAGUUUCUGGGUGAUAGAGACAGCUGGAUUCAGCCUUAGCAUGGGAAAAGGAGGAUGCCCAAGGUGGGGGUGGACCAGAGGAUGGUUGGGGCAGCACUGCAGCACAUUUCUGCUUAAGCAGGCUCUAGGUACUAUGAAAUCCGUUACCUACAUGCUACAGUGGGUUGUUGUGCUGCUGACCACUGAGAGCUGUGAGGAGCAUGCUCAACGGGCAUCUGGUGCAUAUGGAACCCAUUUUAAGACAAAUCAGACAGCACCAAGCUGCAACACACAUACAUGUGUACACACACACACCCUACAUGUGUGCGCACACACACAUAACACCUAGGCACUUUUAAAAAAUUGAUUGUUCUUCCCAACUUCAUGUUUCAUAUUGUUCAGCUUCCAGAGAGCUUGUCCAGGUGAAGGCUCUUCAGUGAUUUUAGUGCAAACAUGGUCUCACAAUAGUCUUACCCCAAGAUUAGGAAUAAGGAGCAUGUGGGAGCUGUGACUUGCGGUUUGAUUCCCAUCAGAUUGUGUAGGGAUCUCCGGCUGGCCUGGUAACAGGUCUUGGAAGUCACCUACAAAUGAACUUUCUCCCAGGUCAGGGUGGGUGUUUACACUACCCUGUACAUGAUCUUAUUUAAGUAACAAGAGCUACAGAUCCUGAGAAUGAACGUGGAAACCAGAAGCAUGCUUGUUGUUUUAUUAGAAGAGGAUGGGAAAAGGGGAAGGUAGGGGAAGGGAUACUAGCUUAGCUGCCUUUGUAGUUGUGUAGCUGUCCUCCAUGUCUGCUCUGAAAAUGGCUCUGACCAUGUUCAUAGUGGUAAAUACAGGAAACCAAGGGCCAGGGCCAGAGCUGACUGCUACCCCUAGUUUGGGCUGGAUCUGCCUGCUUCCUGGAUUGUUUCUUUGGCUCCAGUGAGCUUGACAGUGAACCCUGCAGGUGAAAGCUAAGCUAGUUUCCACCCCAUAUAAACUAAUAGUUUGCCACGUCAAAAGGCACUUCUGAAAGCAGUGUGUGUCACUGUGAAGGCAAGAUCUACAGCUCCUCUGGAUGACAUGAUUGGCCCCAUAUAUCCCAUAAGCUGUGAAUUGGCUCCUUCACCUCUGCUGAGCUGGGAAGAGGCAACACUCACCUUAAGAAACUCCCUAACUCUUGUGCUGUCUAAUGCAUGCCUUGAGUGUGUUUGUUGUUUAAAGACUAUUCUUGGUGGAGGGCUGCUGGUGGUGUCAUGUUUCCAGGCAGCCUGAACACCAACUCCUACUGUAUACCUGUGGGCGAUGGGAUGCCCCCUUUGCUUGGCCUUUGGUCCCAGACAGUCCAGGUCUGAGGAUCCAAUAGGGAAACUGGAGCACUGGGAAAAUGACACUAAGAUGGAAAAAAAAAAAAAAGCUCAUGGCCUCAGGAAGCCUGCCUUAUUCUUCAGGAAGUUAAUAAUCCAAGGAGGCAUCACUUGCAAGAUGUGUCAGUUUCUAGAACCCCUUAACUUGCUGGUCGGAUUGCUGUCAACAUUGUCAGGAUUGUGCCUUACCGACACCAAGGACAACAGGAUAUGAUGGUGCCACCAUUUGGCCAGUGCUGGGCUAUAGGUGACUUAAAGGAAGGAUUUUAGUAUUUCUGGUCUGUUGACAUGUAGCUAGGGUAAUCUCAGGAGGGUUGUCUACCUUUAUGCUGAGGCCUGUCUGAUGGCAAAGCCCUCAAACCCUACGGCCAUGAUGUAAAAUAAAUGCCCUCUUGUUAAACUGUUUUCUCAAUAGCACUGGUUCCAGUGAAAAAGAGCUCUAAUUUGCUCUCCCUUAGCUACCUCGGUGCCUUUUGCAUAAAGCCCUUCUGCAUAAAACCCAUCACUCAGCCCGCAGGCGCUAGCUAAGUGGCUGGACAGGCCUGGGCGGGCCAUCGGCCUCCUGUUCAUACAGUUUCAUCCCAGGGGCCGGGCUCCUCCUUCCCACUGGCAUUUUAUACUUGGUGGGGCAUUGUGGCCUGCAGAAGGCUUGGGACUGGUCCUGUAACUGUGUCCCCCCUGAAGGUUGAGUUGGCCAACUUGGGUUAGUCCCAGGUGACAGAAGGGAGAAACCAAAUGAAGCAGAAGAGCCAAUUGCCAAGAUCAGAUCUCGAUCAGUGAAACUUGACAGGAAGAACUUUAGAAAUGCUCAACAUUCUCAAGUGGCUUGAUGUAGGGGCUCCUACCCUGGUGUAGGGCAGGCCCACUGCCUCAGCCACUUGGGUUGUGGUUAGUACCAGUUCUCUGAGGAAGACAUGUUGGAGACUGCCAGAAUCCCUGUACAUCGUUUUACGUGCUUGUGUCCAAGUGUGAAUUGUAAAUGGUCUAGUGUUUGCAUUAAACAAAGUGGACUCUUAACAGCUCCUUA